AUGUGAUGUGAUGCUUCAUUGUGAGUUAAUUAAGCGCCGCACCGUGUCGGUCGUGUUCCGAUGCGCGAGCUGCUCUUCCUGAAUCCGAUCUCGGAAUAAUCUGUUGCCGAGCUCUGACAUCUCCGGGACUCGCGCACGCGUGACACCUGAUCGGGAAACGGAAAUUCGGUGGCCUGGAGGCUCCGGUGAAGCCUCACGCUUGCGGUGAGAGAGAGAGAGAGAGAGAGAGAGAGAGAGAGAGAGUUGCAGUGGGGAAGUUGUGCCUGAUGGACUGUGAUGGGAGACGAUGAUCUUUAUGGCCGUCGGCGCCGCUUUGGUGAUGGUGAUAGCGCGCUGUGUGGACAUGAACGCACUGCUCGAUCGCUUCCACAACUACAUCCUUCCUCAUGUGCGGGGGCCAGAGCGGGUGUGUCACUGCACCUGUGGCAGACACCGGGUGCAGUAUGUGAUCCCAUACGAGGGUUCGAGCUCGCCAGACCGAGACCUUCCAGCAGGGGGCAGCAGUGUGACUAAGCAGGAAGUAGACCUGGUUCUGGGGCUGCUGCUGGGCUUCUGUAUAAGCUGGGUUCUGCUCUGGCUGGACAGAACCCUGCACCGGUUUCUGCGUGCUUGGAGAACCCACCCACAGAAAGAUGUGUGGAGGUCAUGGAAGUGGGUGACAAAAAUGUGUAACGUACAGGAGCUUCGCAGGCGGCUGCAGCAGCGCAGGAACAACAUCGGUGGAGACAACAAUGUGGUACACAUCAAACACAAACACUACCACAACGGACACCUGAGCCCACGCAGACUCUAAUUUACACACACACAGCAGCAGGCAACUGGGCCUGGAAAGACUCUUUGAUAAUGGUCUCGCAGCAGCGCUCUCUCUCACACACACACACACACACCUAAUUGAUGCUUCCCCUGAACUCACACUGACCUGUUUCUCCAAGGAUGUGACUGUAUUAAACGCACAGCAGGACUGCGGUCACCGAACGCUGUGUGUUUUUAUAAACAUGUCCAUGAAUGUCCAGCAACUCUGCGCAGGGAUCGGACCCGACUUGCACUUUCUUUCCUGCCUGAGGUAUUCCAUUUUUUGAUGAUUAGACAUUUAUUUUGCUUGCCGAUGUCUGUUUUUACGAGUUUUUGUGCAAACGUGCUAGUUUUGUACAGUGCUCGGGGUGAACAUAAAGAUAUUACAUAUGCGUUUGCAUUUUAUAGGGGGUGAUUUUUUUCUGUAUCAGGGAUAAUUUUUU